AUGACGCGUUUUAUUCUGUUGGAUAACAAAGCAGUGUUGGAGCUUCCAGAUAGAGUGUUCGGGAACCUCGCCUUCCAGAAUAUAGAACUUUACUCAACUAUAGUAGAGAGCGUCCAUCCGUCGGUCAUCCUGUCAUCUAAGGAUUGGCUUGUAACGCUGAAAAUUAGUUUCAGCCGCCUCAAGGAGUUUCCCUUUUAUCUUCUUCUGUGGCUGCCCCAACUCAGAGAGCUACACCUAUUGGGCAACCACUUAACCGAGGUCCCGACCCUAAGGAGUCCUAGCCUUCAGUUACUCUACCUGCAAUUGAAUGAAAUUUCCGGAAUGGAGGAAGGAGAAUGGACGACGCCGGACUUGAGGAUAUUCCUAAUGGAGGACAAUGCAGGAAUUACACCAUUAAACGUGAAGUUUGUCCUCAUAGCAACAAGUUUGAUACAAAUGAUAACAUUGUCUCACAAGAAUGAUUCCCAUGAAUCAGAUUCGAAUCCCAUCAUGAAGUUACCCGCUUCUGUCAUCAAGAGCCUUCAAAGUCUCGAGACGUUUCAAUGUGGUGGGUGCCAUUUGGGGCCCAAUCUUCCCCCUGGGGCAUUAGUCUUCCGAAGCAAGACCUUGAGGAAGGUAAUGCUAUCCUCUAACAAUAUCUCAAGACUGGAUCCGGGAGCUAUCACAGGUAUUGGAUACAAUACGACGGUAUUUCUGGACUACAACAAUAUUGAAGUAAUGGCUGAAGAGAGCUUCCGCCCCGUCCUUGAGAUUCUCUCGCUACGUGAUGGGUUCCUCUCCCUCACUGGUGAGCUCCUUGGUUUCUUGCCUCUUGUUCGAUCAGCUAAGUCCUUACCUGCUUGUAUCUCUUAUUCCAUUACUGUCCUCAUGUUUCAGCCAAUCCUAUAA